AGUGUGUAUAUACACCACAGUUUUAAAAAUCUAUUUGUUGAUGGACAUUUUGAUUCUGUAUCUUAGCUAUUUUUAUCUUCUGCUCUGCACCCUAUCUCUGCUUUGGCCUAAUAUUCCCUGGAUAUCCCUUGUUGUAGACUACUCUAUGACGUUCUUUCUCUACUUAAUGUAUCUUAGCUCACUACAAAAGUUUCCUAAGUUUUGCUUCUUUCCAUGAUGAUUUUCCAGACUAAUUACGACCGUCUUCAAGGAUAUCAACAGCUGAGCUCUUUGCCUCUUAAAUACAAGAAGAGUUUUUUUCAUACUUUAAAAGCUUCCCCCAAACCUGUCGUUUCCUGGGCUGAGAAGAAAGGAAGCAGUGUUCUUUUGAGUUUGCCUAUUGGGAAUAGAGUGUCGCUAUGUCUGUCACACAAUAAAAUUAGUAUGUAAUUAAUAUAAAACUAUCUUUCCCAUCUUCUUCUUGUUUUAUACAAGUACAAUUUUUAUCUCAUUAAAAAACAUUGCAGCUUUUAGUUUAUCUUAAUUACCACAGUUGAAUAUAUGUCGAUCAAUAAUGCCACAUUAUGUAGCUGUGUUGGAGAGUGACACAUUCAUUAAGAUUGACUCUAAAAAGGCUGUUGAGAAAAGUCAUUCAGGGCAAAUAUAUUCAAUAAAAUUUAAUCUAUACUUCUUUUCCAUCUUUUCAAGCUUGGAUUAAGGCAGAAAGUGGUUUAUUUCCUUUAAAAACCUUUUUGCCGAUUAUUAAUUGAAACAUUUCAUUAAUUGGAUUGGUCACAUUUUGCUGAGUCAGAGUACAGUUGGACCUUGGUAAAUAGAAAUAUAUUCCAUUUCAUAAAGUGUUGUAGCCAUUUUCAUUAAUGCUGUAGAAGAGAUGAUAUAUUCUUUAGAAUUAUGGGAAGUGAGCAAAACAUUUUCAGGAGUGAUAAAAUGGAAAAACAUUUUGGUUUGUGACUUUGUUUUCAUUUUAGAAUAAUAUUAUAAAAAUAAUAUCUUUCUUGCUUUUAGUAUAUUUAUAAUUUUGGGAAUGCUGUGAAUAUUGAGAUAUAGUAAUAACUAUUUUGCUUAGUAUAAUACAUAAGGAAAUAAUACUUAGAGAAAAUUUAAAAGCCUUAAGGACAAAGUAUAUCUCCUUCGGUUGAUGUCUGGACAUUUACAGACAUUUACAGAGAAACAAUCCUAUGGGAAUUUUAUCCUCUAAAUUUUAUGAUACCUUUGAUAAACCUAAACCUAAAUCUGAUUGUAAAAAAUAUUUAUCAAAUUGGGGAUUUUAAAUGAUGAAGAUAAAGAAUAGAAUUUAAUCAUUUUGUCAACAUGUAUUGAGGGCUUCCUAGAUGCUAUGACUUAUGAAUCUUUUUUCCAUAUUAUAUUUUAUAUUAAGGAUUUCUUGGGAAGUUCAGCUGAUUCAAUAUUUCUUUAUGGAAAUUUUGGAGUAUUAAAUCAAAAAUCUAAAUUAUAAAAUAUAUAGUUUCCAAGAAUAUUUACCAAGACAAAGAGCUGCUUCACCACACUUAGAAAGGUGUGGUGAAGCAUCCCAGGCUGAUGGGCGUGGGAGGAGUCUUGGAGACAUUUCAGUAUAUUUAUUUACAUGGCAAGUAUUUACUCAGUAUGUACUCUGAGCUGGCUUAUGACAGGUGCUUAGUCUGCAGUGGUAACUAACAUAUCAGUGGUUCUUGUAUUCUUCAAAUUUACAUUCCAGUAGUGGAAAUUGACAACAAAAAAUGAUUUCAGUUGGGCUUGUGGAAGUUUGUUGAAGGAGGCAAACAGGGUGCUGUAAUAGAAAAUAAAGGAUAAGGGAUUUUGAAAAUGAGGUAAUUAGGGGAAUCCUCCUUGAGGACUUUAUAUUUAAGAUCUGCUGUGGUUUGGAUGUUUGUCCCCUCCAACCUCAUGUUGAAAUUUGAUCCCUAAUGUUGGAGGUGGGGCCUAAUGGAAGGUGUUUGGGUCAUGGGGCAGAUCCCUCAUGAGUAUAUUAAUGUCCUCUCUUGGAGAUGAGUGAGUUCUUACUCUCCAGAACUGGUUGUUAAAAAGAGCCUGGCACCUUCUCCUCACCCUUUUCCUCCUCUCUUGCCAUGAGAUCUCUGCACAGGCUGGCUCCCCUUCACCUUCCAUCAUGAGUGGAGGCAGCCUGAGGUCCUCACCAGAUGCAGAUACCUAGUCUUGAACUUUCUAGCCACCCAUAACUGUGAGCCAGAUAAACCAUUUUUCUUUAUGAAGAAAAGCCCUCAGGUAUUCCUUUAUACCAACACAAAUGGGCUGAGACAAGAUCUAUAAGAAGGAAUGAGCUUGGUAUGACAUUUUAUGUUGAGGAAACAGUCCUGAAGCAUGAGAAUUUGGAUUGUUCAUGGAACUUAACAAGGCCAAUGUGGCAGGAAGGCAAUAUGGACAGUGGUUCAAGCUGGAAUUGGAGGGAAAGUGGAGGCUAGUUGUAUCUUGCUGUGUAGAGUUUGGAUUUUAAUCUCUAUGUAAUGGAAAACUAUUGAAGUGUUAUAAGCAGAUGAUAGAUAAAAACUAAUUUAUAUUUUUAAAAACUCAAUUUUGGCUAUUACAAAGAAAAUAGUUUAUAGUGGGAGAAGAUUAGAAGCAGGAAGAUCAAUUAGGCAGUUUUGUAAUGAGCAAGGUCAAAGUUUAGAUUAGGAUGUUGGUAAUGGAGAUGGAGUGAAGUUGGAAGAAUGGGGACAUGUGUUGGAGGUAGAAUUGGCUGACUUGCCAAUGGAUUGGAUGUGAGGAAUGUAGUGUAAUAUAGAAUCAAAGAUGACUCCUAGUUUUUGGCCUGAAAAACUGAGAGAAUGGUGGUGCCAUUUAUUAAAAUGGGAAAACUGUGCGAGAAACAAGUUGGGUGGAGAUGAGAGGUGAGGAUCAAAACUUAAGUCUAAGACAUGUUAAAUUGGAAUUGUUUGUGGUGAUACUAGUACAGGUGCCCAGUAGGCACUUUGGAACUCAGGGAAAAGAAUGGGCUGCAGAUACAACCUGGGGUAGUUACCAUUCAAUGGUAUUCAUCGAAUGGAUGAAUGGAUGAAACAAUCCAAGGGAAAGAGUGCAAACAGAGAAAGAACAGUUGCUGGAGAUCAAGGGCUAGGGUGCUCCAACAUUGAGAAAUCUGAUAGAAGAGGAACUAGCAGAGAAGAUUAAGAGUGGUCACUGAGAUAGGAGGAAAACUGGGAGAGUGUGACCUUGUGGAAGCUAUGAGAAUGGACAAUUUCAGGAGGAUGGCAUAGUUACUGGGAUGGCAACAGAUAAGUGAAACAAGAUGAGGGCAGAAAAGGAUCCAUUUGCCUUUACAAUCAAUCUCUGCCUUCAGGAACCUUGUCUUGAUUACCUUGGCAUUCCCAGCACCUUGCACAUAGACUGAUACAUAAUAUGCAGUAAGUAAAUAUUGUUAAGUAAUAAAAUGAGAGCGGUAGUAUCAAAAGAGGGCCACAUUAUAAGUCCAUCAAGAAUUAAACCCCAAUUGUUCUAUUUUUUAAGUGAAGAUAACUUUCGUAUCAAUCAUUUAUAUAUUGAUGAAGGACAGCCUAUGAUUUUCAGCCAUGGCUUCAGGAGUAUAAUCCUGUACUUUUUUGACCAAUAAAUCAGUUAACCUCUGUCUUCCAAAAGAAAGACAAUAACAAUAGUUAUGGUGGUUUGGAAGAAGAGAAAAUGUGUGUGUGUGUGUGUGUGUGUGUGUGUGUGUGUGUGUGUGUGUAUGUGUGCAGUGUCUAUGUGCAUGUGGUAUACAGUAUUAGUUUUAUUUAGUGAAGUGGGCAUCAAAAUAAUUAACCUACUAGAGUUCAAAAUUGUAGAAAUGGCACAAAGAACCUAUGUUAAUUUCUAGUUUAGACAUUUUAUUUUUUCUUGAUAAGCUUAGACAGUUUUGUUAAACUUUGGCCAAGGGAAAUUAUGGCAGAAGGAAUUAAUAGGAAAGAGAUUAAUCUAAUGGGAGAAGACUCAGUCAUUUUUAAUAAUAUUAUUUUCAGGCCAUAUUCCUGUUAACCGAUGAUCUUCUUAAAAUAUAUCUUUGUCCUUUCCAAAUAAAGAGUAAGGUACUAAGCAAAUAAUCUGAACUUAAAAGACUUACACAUUAUUUGUUAGUGUCCCAUAGAUAGUAUAAGCAAAAGAAAAAUGAUAACAUUUCUCUCUCAUCAGGUGGUAGAAAUUAUUACAAUAUUGCAAAAUUGGUAGAUAUAUGCUCUACUUUCUUUAUUUACUGUCUGCUCUAUCUAUAAACACAAAACCUUUGUGCCUUCUUCUGAUACUCUGUUCAGUGCAUAUUCUAUCUGCUACCAGUGUAGAAUGCUGAAAUACAUUAAAGAUAUUGAUGAACUUCUCAAUUUCUAGUAGCAUGCAUAUAGUGCUUAUUUAUGCAUAACAUUUAUACCCGAAUGAUUUCAUUGAAUCCUACCAAUUUUGUGAAGCAGGUGUUAUCUUUUAGUCCAAGGUCAUGUAACCUGUCAAAGUCAGAGCCAAGUCUCAGAUCUAGGUCUCCUGAUUCGAAUCCUAUGUGCUUCCUUUUCAAGAGCCUGCAGGUGGUAGUCACAAUCCUGGCUCCACACCCAAGGUCCUGCGGAAAGCAGAUGAGGACACUUAGACAUAGAGUGGGGAGUGCCUAUUUUGCUUCCUCAUUUCUGGGGAUUUAUUGGUUUAAAAUUGCUGGCAAACAGUGUAUCAUAAAUCACUACUCCGUAUAUAUGAAUAGUGGCCUCUUCCAAAAUUAAUAACCUACAUUUCUAGAUCAUUAACUUGACUGUAUCCUAAUAAAUAUGUUAUGAUUCCCCAUCAAAUUAAAUUGUGUGGUCUUGGAGGAGGGUGAAGUAAGAGUUUUAAUCUUUGAGGGAGGCUUUCUGGAAUUGCUCGUUACCAUGCCAAACAACAUUAGGAGUCAUUGGUAUUGCAGGUUAAAUUCUGUUAGGGUCAGCUGUUAGUCCUUCAAGAAUCAGUGCUUGGCAUCUGUUAAGCCUAUUCUUUUAGGAUUUUCUGAGUUGGAAUCUUCUAUUAUAGCAAAUACUGUUUUUAAUGAAAAGGUAUAGCAAAACCCUCAGUUGUGAGAUCAUCACCUACACAAAGUUCAAAUAUUGUCAAUAUUCCUUAAGGGAGAACUGUAAUAAUUGGUGCUGUAGUACCAGUAACAUGGUUUUUCUAGAAAGCUUUAACUGGAAGUCAGUUUCUGAAUGUCUAGCUGAAAAAACAGGGCUUUCUUGGAGGUAGAUGCCACAUGUGUGGUUUAGCUUAAUUUCAGACUCAAGCGCCAUAAAUAAUAAGAUUAGGGGCAUAGAGUUUUGUAAAUGAGCUUUUUGGCAUCAGAGAGAUGACAAGUGUAUAAUUUAUCAAUAGCUGAGCUUAGAAACCAAUGUUCUGCCUUGAUAGUCACAAAGAAGAAUGAUGCUACAAGUGCCAGAAUCUCCCGUAUGUUUUUGGGGAUAGAGUUAUUAGUCAAAGAAUUUAGGACAUCAUAAAAACUGAUGAUAAAGAGAUGAAAAUGUCUGAAGAGUGAUGCUCUGUUUGCAGAAAGAGAAAUUGAACACAGAAGCAAGUAUUUAGCACCAUCUCUAAAAACAGAAACCAUGGAUAAUGAAUAUGAUAAUACCUUAACUUAUAUCAGUUUUAUUGUUAGAAAGUCCUUUAAAGUAUAUUGUCUCAUCAGCUAGAGAGCAGUGUUUAUAAUAUUUAUUUUUCAGGAUGGGAGGAGUAUCCAGGAAAUGAGAGUUGAAACUUGACAAGUUGUCUUUUUAAAAGGGGAAAGAUAUAACCUGUCCUGGUAAUGCCAAAUUAAAAUGGUGAUGGAUUCUGUGAACAUGAUGCAGGCUAAAUCAAACCUAUAUAUGAAAUAUUUUGAAGAAAUUAAACUCAUACUAAGACCUAUAAAAUUAAUUCAUAUGGACAGUGGAGAGAGGAUAGAGAAUAAAGCCCUGGGUAAGCAAACAAUAGGAUCAUGGUGACAGCUCUAUUUUUUUGAGCUGUAUGAUAUUUUAAUUUUUUUGUCCUGACUUCUUAUGUAAUCUUGGAAAAGAUGCUUAACUUUCAUGGAUGUUCAUAUAUCUGUUAAGUGGGAAUUAUAAUUGCCCCUUACUAUGAUGGAGGUUAUGCAGUGUUUCUAAAAUUCAUGAGCUUUUUAAGGAGACUGUCUUAAUUAACAGAAGUUAUUAUAAAAAUUAAAAUUCUAUGCAUGGAAGAAUAUAUAGAAAUUUUGACCAAUGAUUUCUGAAACAAGCAAAAUUGUAAGUGCUAUAGGGUUAGGUAGCUUGAAAGUUCAUAAGAAAAUCUAGGUAGGAAUGAUACUUCUUGAUAAAUGAAAGAAAUAAUAUCUUUGGACAGAAAUUGGCUUUGGGUUACUUUGGAAACAGAAGGUUUAGCAAGAUACUUUGGUUAUCUAGUGUCUCAAAACUAACUGGCUUUAAACACAGGCAUUUUAUUUGCUUGUAAGUCUGGAUCAGCAUUUUCUGCUGGGCUCAGUGCAACUGCUGGUCUGCCUUAGGGUCCCUCAUUCAAAUGGGUGCUGUCCUAGGUGGUUCAGUCCUAGGUGGUUCAGUUGAAUCUGGAUGGUCUAUAAUGGUCUCACUCCCUUGACUGGUGUUGCUGUUGGCUUUUGUCUGGGCUCCUCUCUCUUUCUGGUUUUUCCUUUUCAGGGAGACUAGCCUGGGCUGCUUCACACGGUGGUCUCUGGGGUCCAAGAGAGCAAGAGCAAAAGAGCAGAAGCUGCAAGGCACCUUGAGGGCAUGAAGUUGAAGCAACUUCUUUCAGUUUGUCAAAGCAAGUCACAAGGCCAGGAUUUAAGGGAAAGAAAUACUUGUGCUGGCUGCAUUUCCAGGGAUGUUUCCAGAGCUCAAGGCUGUUCGCUGGUUCUGCCCAGAAGUGCCACUCUUAGAGGCAGGACUUGAUGAAGGCUUUCCGGCUGAUGGAGUGGGUUUGCGAGAGUCAGCCUUGGAAUUAGAACCCUUCAUAUGGCCUUUAUAAACAUGCAUUUGAGACAAGUGCUAUGUGCAGAAGCCAAAAAUGCCUGGAAGAUUUCUUGUUUCUUUCACUACUUUUCCAGCCUUUUUGCAUCUCUGCCUGACUUGGAUGAUAUGAUAUUCAGAGGGGCACCUUAAUUGAAGCCAUUUCUCAACGAGAUACAUCUGGCAGAAGAUAGUACAUGUAAUUCAAGAUGGCCAGCCAGCUGCUUGAAGACACUGCAGAGUCUCAGGUCUCCGAUGAGCUCGAGUGCAAGAUCUGUUAUAACCGAUACAAUCUGAAACAGAGGAAACCCAAAGUGCUAGAGUGUUGUCAUAGGGUUUGUGCCAAAUGCCUCUACAAGAUCAUAGAUUUUGGGGACUCCCCACAAGGUGUCAUCGUCUGUCCUUUCUGUAGGUUUGAGACAUGCCUGCCGGAUGACGAAGUCAGCAGCCUGCCCGAUGACAACAACAUCCUUGUAAACUUGACUUGUGGAGGCAAAGGGAAGAAGUGCCUGCCAGAGAACCCCACUGAGCUGCUGCUGACCCCCAAGAGGCUGGCCUCUCUGGUCAGUCCUUCCCACACAUCCUCCAACUGCCUGGUCAUCACUAUCAUGGAGGUGCAGAGAGAGAGCUCCCCAUCUCUGAGCUCCACUCCCGUGGUAGAAUUCUAUAGGCCUGCAAGCUUCGACUCAGUCACUACUGUGUCACACAACUGGACUGUGUGGAACUGCACGUCCCUGCUAUUCCAGACAUCUAUCCGGGUGUUAGUGUGGUUGCUAGGUCUGCUGUACUUCAGCUCUUUACCCUUGGGGAUCUACUUACUGGUAUCUAAGAAAGUCACCUUGGGGGUCGUCUUUGUCAGCCUGGUCCCUUCAAGCCUUGUUAUUCUUAUGGUGUACGGUUUCUGCCAAUGUGUUUGUCAUGAAUUUCUAGACUGUAUGGCACCUCCUUCUUAAUCAAUAUGCAAAAUGACAAAUUUGACACAUAUUGCCAUGUUUGAAGUUAGGUAAUUUAUAAUUUAUUUUCUUUUAUGUUCUUUAUGAUUGGUGUCCAUGACAUAUACAAAGAAAGCCCUUGGCCAUGUUUGUGGUCCAUUUUCCAUCAGAAUGUUGACUGGAUUGGUUUUCCUGUAUGCUGGGAGUAAAAAUGUCCAUUUCUACUUAGGGCUUAGCAAAGAAGCAAAACUGUGUAAACUCAGCCUUCAUGGAGCACUGACAGCUGUGAGCCUUCUCAGAGAAAGGGCAAGAUGUCACUUGGCACUGGCAGCCAGACAGCAGGGGUGUGGUGUGUACUGUAGUAGAGGUCUUUGUGGAAAGUUAGGAAUGAACUGAUUCCUUUUUUCAGAGUCAUGGCUAUUCUACGAUGGCAGGUGGACAGAGAGGACAGUUGCUCUGAGACACAUCCAUUUGCAAAGCAUGCACUGUUGCGCCCCGUCCCCAUUAGUCCUAGCGUUGGAUCCCCCUGGAAUCAUCUUUUGGUGUUUUCUCUUUUGAGUUAAUGUGUCUCUCUGUGGUCUGCUGUGCCCAUUGAAAUGCCUGUUCCCUCUGCAUGUUCUUUCUUACCAAGGGGAAGCUAUUCCCUUGGGUGGUUUCAGCUGAAUAUCUGUUUUACCACGUUGCUAGAGAUAAUGAAAACAUUGAGGAGUUUUCAUGGCAGAAUAUGUCUGCCAUUUGUCUUUGAGACAUACCCUUUCCUCAUAUGUAUUUUCCUCUCUCCUCAGGCUUCUCUGAGAAGAACUGAAGAGAAUGAACUUCUCGUAGAGCAAUUAUUAUUCAUGGAAACUUUCAUUUGAGUCUUUCCUUAAAACGUUUUAGUUUUUUUCCUUUUUAGUUACAUUGCUCAAUCAGCCCCACCCCUUAUCCUCAGUGAGGUUCCAUUUAAAUUAGUUGCUAGAAAUGUAUGAGGACUUUCUUUUUUUCCCAUUGCAUUUUAAAUUCUGUCAGGAUUUAUUUAAUCUUAAAACAGUAUGGGGCAAAUUGUGGCAAUGGAAACCCAGAAAUAAUUAACAAGACACUUUAGCUCACAGUUUGAAGUGCUGAGAACCUAAGUGUGUUGUUGUACUGUACCGAGUUCUACCAAAAUACAAUGGUUUAGGUUUACGUGCAAGGCUAUGUUUUGUAGUAGUCCAGGCAGAGGGGCGGGCAAGAGACACUCAAGCUGUUGCCCUGUGUGAAAAGACCCUUCAAGAAAGUAAAAUGAGAGGGCUGAGUGCAGCUUAAUAUGUUGCUGUCCCUGUUGUCCUUAAGUUAGUUCUGGAAUGGAUUCAAGUUCUUACACAAUUUUUUUCAAAUAAAAGCAUAAGCCAGGUAACUGGAGUUAAUGAACUUCUUUUCAUAAUGUAGAGGAAGUUGAAUGUAUAUAUUUAUGAGAAAAAUUGUUUAGCAGAUUAUAGGUUGAGUGAAUAGAAUGUUCACAGAAACUAAGCAAAAAAAAAAAAAGCAUUUUAGUCUCUAAGACCCAUUACUGAUGAUUAACAUUAAAAUAUUUGUAACUUUUAGAAAGGGGCAUUACUAUGACUACUUUAACUUGUUUGUGAUGAAAUAUAUAUUGUGCAAUAUAGUUUCACUGGGCCAAUUCCAAUAUCCUUAUUCAGGGAAAAUUGACACUUAACUAGAAUAGCAGUUUGAUUUUAAUUGUGUAACUAUUAACUUUGAGACUAUGUAUGCCCAAACUAAGUAUGAUGAGAAAGUAUACAUGGGAUGUGGUACAACAAAUUUAAACUCCAAGAUACAGCUAAAUACAUUUAUGGUUUCAUAAAAUCUAGUUUAGAUAGCAUCGUGAAUGCAAUUUCCAGAAAUCCAUUUGUACUUAGAGUAAAUAUAAUGUUUAGGAGAUGUUUUGUGGUUUGGAUUUAUAUAUUUAUAAGGUUUUUAAAAAAUGCUCAUUUUGUCUGAAAGGUAACAUUGAAUAAAUUGGUGAGUUGUAUGAGAUUUCUAGAAAGCUCUGGACAUGGGUACUAUAUAUUUUGCUUAUUUGUAUAAUGUUUGCAGUGCUGAAUCUGUGUCUCUGUGUAUUGUGGCAGUCUUUUUUUUAAGUCAUGAGUAAGUUAAUUUGGUUUUAAAGAGUUAUAAAUGUAUGACAACAAAAAACUCUUUGUGUUGAAUGAAAAAGGGACAAUGUUUUAAUAUUUUAUUCACUGUGAUAAUGUUUUGUUUGUCUAUUAAAUUGUUAUUAUUUCCAAA